CAUGCUGUCACAUACGCUAUUGUGGCACAGAUAUAAACAUGAGUCCUCUAUAUAUCUCUAUGAGCUAGCCUAACCGGAGCCAGCUGUGUCAGAUGAAUAGAGAGAAAUAGGGUGUCAUUUGUUCAGAGACUUACACUAACAUUACAAUUAUUGAAUUGUCAUCGAAAUAUUUGAAUAAUGGAUUUAAACAUUAUCCUGUUGCAGCUUCAAACUGACAAUGAAGAGGACAUUGAAAGGCUUUUGCACCAGUACAACGGAGAGAAUAACCUCACAUUUACCUUUGACCCAAAAGGGGAGGAUCUACGAAGUAGGCUGUGUCAGGGCCUACUGACUGUGCUGGGGAGGCAGGUUGGGCCCUGCUGUCAGAGUACCUGCCUGGAGACCCUCCGCAUUCUGUCCCGAGACAAGCGGGUCCUGGGCCCUGUGGGAACCCGGGAGGGCAUGUUGGUCCUGGCCGGGCUGGCCCGGUUGCGGGGGGGAGCGGAAGGGGGUGACAGCAUGCAGAGGGAGGUCCAGAUAGAGGAGAAAGAGAGGGUAGUGGUGGAGGCCCUCAAGUGCCUGUGUAACGUGGUGUUCAACAGCACAGCAGCGCAGCAGGUGGGUGUCGACGUGCAUCUUGCACGGGGUCUGUGUGCCCGCCUGCACGCCGCCCGCACUGGGCGCCACGAGGUGGGCCUGUUCUCUCUGCGCCUGCUCUUCCUGCUCUCGGCGCUGCGACCAGACAUCCGGGGGGCACUCCGGAGGGAGCUGUGUGCCGUGGGGCUCCUCAAAGAGGUGCUGGAGUGUACCCUGGAUGUACGCUGGGUGGGCCCCUACGAGGUGGCCCCUCUAGACCCCCAGGCCCUGCCCAUCCCUGCUGAAGACAAUGAGAGGGCCAUGGAGGCCCUGAAAGCCCUGUUCAACCUCACACUGUCUGACACUAGUGACGAGGAUGGUGACCACCAGCUCCGCCUCAUCACCGCCGUCAUGCGCCAUCUAUUGAUGCAAAAGACUCAGGCAGAGGACAAAACAGAGGAAGCACACAGCCACGCAAUCAAUUUGCUUAGUAACCUGCCUGUGUCUUGUCUGGAUGUGCUGAUUGAUGUGCCCGUCCAGGGGGGCCAGGAGGAGUACAGCGGGAAGAACAUGGACGUUGUGCAGGUGCUACUGGACUUCAUGGAGAAGAGGAUAGACAAGCAGGGCGCCAACUACAAAGAGGGGCUGACCCCAGUUCUCAGCCUGCUGACCGAGGGCUCCAGGUACCACAGGGAGAUCCGCAGAUACAUCAAGACACAGGUGCUGCCCCCUCUGAAGGAGGUCAAGGUCCGGCCGGAGAUCGGGUCCGCCAUCAGGAACAAACUGGUGCGUCUCAUGACCCACGUGGACAUGGGUGUGAAGCAGAGCGCAGCAGAGUUCCUAUUUGUCCUCUGCAAAGAGAACGUGGACAACCUGUUGAAGUACACAGGGUAUGGUAAUGCAGCAGGACUCCUGGUGGCUCGAGGCCUGCUGGCAGGGGGGCGGGGAGAGACAAAGUAUUCAGAUGACGAAGACUCUGACACUGAAGAGUACAAAUCGGCUAAACCUUUCAUCAACCCCAUCACGGGCCACGUGGAGGAACCCAUGCCUAACCCCAUAGAAGAGAUGACUGAGGAGCAGAAAGAGUACGAGGCCCAGGAACUAGUCAACAUGUUCGACAAGUUGUCAAGGCAGCAGCUGAUUAGGCCCAUGGGGGUGAGGCGGGAUGGCUCACUGGCGCCCCUAGAGGAGGCUCUGAGACAGCCCACAACUGACAGCUGCAGUUCAGACUCAGACUAGAGCCACUACCACCCCAGACCCCAUAUACCUAUAAUAGGCUGUGUCCAACACAGUUCCCAUUUCCUCACACCCCUGUCAGUCUGGCUGUCAGACUGAAGGGGCCUUGCCCCGGCCUUUCCCCAUAGGCUGUUCUGUUCUCUAAAGCUGACUUAUGCCUGACUUGAUACGACACAGGACAGGAUUAAGGUCGAGCACAUGUUCCGACCACACCAUUGUUACUACUUAAAUGUAUUUUUAUUUGAUGUACCAUUUCUCUGCUCAGUGUUCUCAAAUUUGAUAGAAUGGAAGAUUAGCUCUUAAUCAAAUUGUACUGUAAUCUGUAUAGAUGUGAAUCAUUGGAAAGCAUGGUAGCCGGGGUGGGGUUUGACCAAAUUUGACUUGGAUAGGAAAUCAUUCCUUAGAUAUAAUUAUGUAGAUUUUGUUCUUUAUAUGUUUAAAGUGUCAAUAUUUAUAAGGAUGAGAAGUCUUUUUGUUGUUUUGUUGUUGUAACAUCUAGUGCUACGAUGAUCAGAGCAGUAGACACUGGUUUUACAGUACCAGUCAAAGGUUCUUUAUUUUUACUAUUUUCUACAUUGUAGAAUAAUAGAAGAUAUCAAAACUAUGAAAUAACACAUGGAAUCAUGUAGUAACCAAAAUUGUUAACCAAAUCAAAAUGUAUUUGAGAUUCUUCAAAGUAGCCACCCAUUGCCUUUAUGACAGCUUUGCACACUCUUGGCAUUCUCUCAACCAGCUUCACCUGGAAUGCUUUUCCAACAGUCUUGAAGGAGUUCCCACAUAUGCUGAGCACUCGUUGGCUACUUUUCCUUCACUCUGCGGUCCAACUUAUCCCUAACCAUCUCAAUUGGGUUGAGGUUGGGUGAUUGUGGAGGCCAGGUCAUCAGAUGCAGCAUUCCAUCACUUUCCUUCUGGGUCAAAUAGCCCUUACACUUCCAGGCUGUGUGUUUUGGGUCAUUGUCCCGUUGAAAAACAAAUGAUAGUCCCACUAAGUGCAAACCAGCUGGGAUGGCAAAUUGCUGCAGAAUGCUGUGGUGGCCAUGCUGGUUAAGUGUGCCUUGAAUUCUAAAUAAAUCACAACAGUGUCACCAGCAAAGCUUUGGGCUGCAAUUUCUGAGGCUGGUAACUCUAAUGAACUUAUCCUCUGCAGCAGAGGUAAAUCUGGGUCUUCCUUUCCUGUGGUGCCUCAUGUGAGCCAGUUUCAUCAUAGCGCUUGAUGUUUUUUGCGACUGCACUUGAAGAACUUUCAAAGUUCUUGAAAUGUUCUGCAUUGACUGACAUUGAUGUGGUAAAGUAAUGAUGGACUGUCAUUUUCCCUUCCCUUAUGAGUUUUUCUUGCCAUAAUAUGGACUUGGUAUUUUACCAAUUAGGGCUAUCUUCUGUACCCUGUCACAACAAUUGAUUGGCUCAAACACAUUAAGGAAAGAAAUUCCACAAAUUAACUUUUUAACAAGGCACACCUGUUAAUUGAAAUGCAUUCCUGGUGACUACCUCAUGAAGCUGGUUUAGAGAAUGCCAAGAUUGUGCAAAGCUGUCAAGGAAAAUGGUGGCUACAUUUUGAAGAAUGUAAAAUAUAUUUAGAUCUGUACAACACUUUUUUUGGUUACUACAUGAUUCCACAUGUGUUAUUUCAUAGUUAUGAUGUCUUCACUAUUAUUCUACAAUGAAGAAAAAACCUUGAAUGAGUAGGUGUGUCCAAAUUUUUGACUGGUACUGUCCAUCGGAGUGUCUGAAGUCAAUGGAGAGAAAUAAUGAGAUGCAUGAAGUCGGGCAGUAAUUUUGCCACCAGUCUGAUGUGUAUGCUUCUGAAACAGUCCAGGCAAAUGAAUUAUUUAUUAUUAUUUUAUAUCAGUGGACAUAUAUCACAGCUGUAUACAGUUUAUUUUAAACCUGAAA